GCCAACCCAGUGUUCAGACUACCUGUUCAGGGGGCUCCGAAUGUGUACAGUAGUCUGCACAUUGGUUAGGCUGGGCUUGGGCCAGCAGCACGUCGGGACAGGGGCCCCCCAAACUUCCUGCCACCCCCACCAAGAGACAGACCUGGAGCGAGGGGAGUCCUGUGUUAAAGCAGCAACUAGAAAAGAGAAGCCUAGGUCCUGGUCAGCCUGCAGCACAGAGCCACCGAAUCCACCAGGGACACGUACGAGAAGCGGACUUCUGUUUCGCUCCCUGCCCCCCUGUUCAUGGAGACAGCAGCUCAAACAGCAUACAAUACUGCUCCUGGUGCUAUUCCUCUGGCCUGAUCAGGACAAGAAUGUGUGUAAUGUUCUAAAGACGACACUAUGGCUCAGCAGGGACAAUGGGGGCUGGGAUAUAAAGUGUGAAGCCUGGGACACCUUCCAGCCUUGGCUGUUACCAUCCUAAUGGUGACCUCUGAGGCACAAUGGUACUCACGAAACAUUUCUUGAAUGAACAAGUCAGUAAAUGAGUAAACAAAUGAAUGAAUAAGUGAGUGACAAGUGAGGGGCCACCAUUCUUGCCCUUUG